AGGGGGGCGGCUGUGUGACUGAGCUCGUUUGACCGAGCACCGGAUAAAUCAUUAGAGGCUCAGCCGCGGUGUUUUCGUGAUGAAUCCAGCUGGGAACACUGAAUUCAGUCCUAGCUCUCACUAAAGAGGGCUGCAGAAGAGCGAAUCAUACAAAACAUCCAGUGCGCGCAGAGCAAACAAGAAUAGAACAGAGAAUCAAACGGAUAAUCGGAAUAAAAAUAGGAAGAAGAACGAAGCAUUGCCUGAUAUGUAGUAUGCAGUGAGCCCUCGGACACCGUCACUCAUGUGAAAUGGUUUGAGUCCUGAUGAACUGAACUGUCGGGAUGUUGGAUGAUGGUGGCUUUAAAGGCCAAAACUGGAAGUGACGUCGCCCGUGACCCGGAGCUGGAAGUAACAUCAUCUGUGCCCAGAACUGGAAGUGAUGCCAUUAAUGGUGUGUUUGAGCCGAGUCUUUGGAACAGAUCAGAAUUCUAGAAAUGAAGUAAAGCAAGCAGCCAGUGCCAGCCUGCUAAAAGAACAAGAACAAAAAUAUUUCCCUGACACAGUUGCCAUGGAAACCAACCAAGCAUUCAGUGGGACAACAGAGCUGGAUGAACACCCGGAUCCUGUAGAUGCUGGAAGCCCAGAAGGUAAUUGCAUACUGGAGGAAAGCCAACAAGAUCAUUACCACACUGAGCUGCGCAAAGGAGAAAAGAAAAACUCAGAUAUUAACAAAGAUGCCCUCAACAAAGCUUCUCACACUGUGGUGUACACACCCGAAGGCCAUGAGAGUACAACUAAAGAAUUGACAGAAGUGACCCUGGAAGAAGCAGCUUUUUAUGCAGAGUUGGAUUUAGAUGAGGUUCAGGAAAAUGACUCUGUGUCCUCUUCAGAGUCAGCUAGCAUCUCCAGUGCUGAAAGCAUUUAUGAAACUCAUCCUGCAUCAGCAGCUCCACCAUUAAUUGUUCAGGUUACUGAAACCUGCCAACCUGUGGAAGACAGUGAUUGUGUAAUAACUGCUAUCCACAUUGUGACUGAAGAAUCCAAAAUGAGAUGUGACACUGAAAAGCAGCAACCAUCAAAUACAUCCAGGAGGGAUGCGUCAAAGACUAAUUUGUGUGAAGUUGUGCAAAGUGAAAGAUUAGCUUUUCAAGUGGGAGUAACACCAAACAGUACAUUUCUAUUGAAAAAUGAAAAUGUGUUUGACUCUCACAAGAACAUAAUUAAAGCUCAUCAACAUAAAGAAGGCAUCAGUGAAAGUGAUACCAAAAAUGACCAGAGAGAUAUAGGUGAAGCACAUCCCAACCCCCAUGGUCCAUUGAAUGAUAAAAAUGAAAAUGCCCUCCAUGUUCUACAAGUGCAUACGUCCCAUCAAGAUUCUCUGGUAGGGGAACAAAUCAAUGCAACAGACAAAUUUUCUGCAGUGUUGGACGAUCACCACCCUACACCAUCAAAAACGAUGCGGAACCCUUGCAAGAAGAUCCCCAAAGAUUACUGUGUUAUUGAAGAGUCCACAAAUGCAAAUGUUGACACUAAACAUGUUGACUUUCAAUUUGCACGAAAACAGUGGCUCUUGAUGGAGCAGCUCACAAAAACCCAGAGCAGCAAUCGUGCCGGUAUUGCACCCCAGAAAGGUCCAAACCUAAAAGCCUUUGCAGCAAAACACCAGCCUUGCAAAUCACAAGUGGAGGAACUUAGAAGGGACUGCAAAACUGCGGCUAUAGAGACAUCCAUUGAGCAUGUAAGCUUAAAUGACCAGCACCAUAUCCACUUCAGUCCUUAUUCAACAGAUUGUUUGUGCUUCAGAUCUCAAAAUAAAGAAUCCGACUCACCCCCAGCUGACCUUACAAAUCUACAGCUAAACUGUGUUCAUAGCACUGGAAGAUUAUAUAGCAGUUUGACCUUCAGCAGAGGGGCAGUGUCGCCAACAUCUUGCAGAGAAACUCCCAUUAAUAAAGAAAUGCGUGAAGCCUUAGAGCAAGAAGAGAUCUUGAGACAUGAAAGGACCAUCUUGAAAUCCACACCAAUGAGUGACUAUGCAGAAUUUAAAGCAAAACAUUCAAAUUUUCCUCAGGGAUGUGGCAAUGUAAGAGGAACCCAUAAGCUGGUCUCUCAUCAUCCAGUGAUGCUACCCAAUACGGAAGAGGAGCUUACACUUAAAGCACGAGCUCUGAUCAAGUGUGAACGAGUAAAGGUCCAGGAAACUGGGGAGAUAAAGGAAUCUGCCAGAGGACAAAACCAAAACUGUAAUUUGCAAGAGAUUAGCACAGUGUCAGCAGAAAAGACUGACACCAUUCCAAAAGCUCCUUUCUAUCACGAGAUAUCUGCUGAUAAUGUUAUUAUUUUGGAACAGGAUACCUUUCUGAAAUCCCCAAGGAACAGCAUGAAGGAACUAAUGGUUCCCCAAAAGUGUGAAAAACAAAGGGAGUGGCCCCCAGAGACAGCUAAUGUUAUCAUCUUGGAAACAUCUAAUUUGAUUAUACGCAGCGCAUCUGAGUUUUCUAUCAACUCUUUAUCCCAGGAAAGCUGCAGCAGUACCUUCCAGAGUAAUCCAUUCUUCAAACUCAAAUCCAGAAGUUCGCUAUCUUUAGUUGACCAAGAGAUUAAAAUAGCCAAACAAAGAGAGGAGGAACUGCAGAGGCAACGGGCUAGUCUCUAUGCUCAAGACAGGUCAUCAUACAGCACCAUUUUAGUGUCUCCUAACACACUGGAUAUCGUGUCUCUGGACAAAACAGAAAUUCCAAUACGAUGUAAAUCAUCUCCUUCGUCUCCAAUGAAAUCUUCUUAUAAGACGGCGGAGCAGUCAAAGGUUCUGGAUAUGUCGCAGUGGAGUUCAGCAGCAUCUCGCUGGGAGCCUGGGAUGUUUUCUAACCACAGAAACAAAUGUCUAAAUGCAGAAUGCCAUGGAACAAAAUAG